GAGCUGAAGACUGUGCCAACAACAAAAAAACCCCCACUCUGCCAAGGGCUCCUGAAGCACAGCAGUUUCCCAGGACCGUGCCCAUGUUCCGUUUCCCCCCUUCUCGCGUCUCUUUUCCUCGCUGAGGCUGAAACCCUGGAAUGGUUUGGGGACCAAUGAGGUGGCAGCGGUUGACGCCGGGAUCACGGGCUUUAUAAGUAUUUGACCUUUACUCAAAAUGUGCAGAGAAGAAUAAUGGAAGCCCCUGAAUACCUUGAUUUGGAUGAAAUUGACUUCAGCGAUGACAUCUCUUAUUCAGUCACAUCACUCAAGACCAUCCCGGAACUGUGCCGAAGAUGUGAUUCGCAAAAUGAAGACAGACCAGUUUCUAGCUCCAGCUGGAAUUGUGGUGUCUCAACUCUUAUUACGAACGCGCAAAAGCCCACAGGAAUCGCUGAUGUGUACAGUAAGUUCCGUCCAGUGAAGCGAGUGUCCCCACUGAAACAUCAGCCAGAGACUUUGGAGAACAAUGAAAGUGAUGACCAGAAGAACCAGAAGGCAGAGUACCAGAAAGGGGGUGAUUCGGACCCAGGCCCCCAACCCGAGGAGCUCAGCCCCAGAGAUGGAGAGGGCAGCCCUCAAAGUAAGAGCACGGAACCCAGCGCCUUGCUGGGUGAACUGGAGCACUACGACCUCGACAUGGAUGAGAUUCUGGAUGUGCCUUACAUUAAAUCCAGUCAACAACUUGCCUCUUUUACCAAGGUGACUUCGGAGAAAAGAAUUUUAGGUUUAUGCACAACCAUCAAUGGCCUUUCUGGCAAAGCCUGCUCUGCAGGUAGUGCUGAGAACUCGCCGUCCAACGUGACCCCGUUUUGUGUUCUUUCUCCCGUGAAAAGCCCUUACUUGAGAAAAGCACCCUCUGUCGUCCGUGACCAGCAAAAGCUCUCCACUGAGGAAUCCGAGACUUCGCCUCCUCUGGUUAAAUGUAGCUCUGCAUAUGAGUCUGAAAACCAGAGUAAAGACUUCCUAAACAAGACCUUUAGUGAUCCUCAUAUUCACAAAGUUGACAAGGCAACACCAGACUGCCAGCUCAGGGCCUUCCAUCUGCAAUCCUCAGCCGCAGAACCCAAACUAGAUGAGCAGGUCAGUGGCGUGAACUGGACCGGCUCCCAAGGCCCAGAAGAAAGGAGUGAGUACCUGAAGAAAGUGAAAAGCAUUUUGAACAUCGUUAAAGAAGGGCAGAUAUCUCUCCUGCCGCACCUGGCUGCUGACAAUCUAGACAAAAUCCAUGACGAAAACGGAAACAAUCUCUUACACGUUGCCGCGUCACAGGGACACGCCGAAUGUCUGCAGCACCUCACUUCUUUGAUGGGAGAAGAUUGCCUCAAUGAGCGAAAUGCCGACAAGUUGACUCCCGCGGGCCUGGCCAUCAAGAAUGGUCAGUUAGAGUGUGUUCGCUGGAUGGUGAGUGAAACAGAAGCCAUUGCUGAAUUGAGUUGUUCUAAGGAUUUUCCAAGCCUUAUUCAUUAUGCAGGUUGCUUCGGCCAGGAGAAGAUUCUGCUGUGGCUUCUUCAGUUCAUGCAAGAACAGGGCAUCUCGCUGGAUGAAGUGGACCAGGAUGGGAACAGCGCCGUUCAUGUGGCCUCGCAGCAUGGCUACCUCGGGUGCAUACAGACCCUGGUUGAAUAUGGAGCCAAUGUCACCAUGCAGAACCAUGCAGGGGAAAAGCCCUCCCAGAGCGCCGAGCGCCACGGACACACCCUGUGCUCCCGGUACCUGGUGGUGGUGGAGACCUGCAUGUCGCUGGCUUCCCAGGUGGUGAAGCUCACCAAACAGCUGAAGGAGCAGACAAUGCAACGCGUCACACUGCAGAACCAGCUCCAACACCUUCUAGAAGCCCAGAAAUCAGAGGCCAGAUCACUCCUUUCUUCACCCAGUUCACCAUCUUCCCCAGCUUCCAGAAAGUCCCAGUGGAAAUCCCCAGAUACCGAUGAUGAGUCUCUCACCAAAAGCAAAUCAGGAGUCCAAGAGGGGGUUCAGGUUCUUGGAAGCCUGUCUGUAUCCAGCCGGGCUAGGGCCAAAGCAAAAGAUGAAGAUUCUGAUAAAAUCCUCCGCCAGUUAUUAGGAAAAGAUAUCUCAGAAAACGUCUGCACGCAGGAAAAGCUGUCCUUGGAAUUCCAGGAUGCCCAGGCGUCUUCAAGAAACUCAAAAAAGAUCCCUCUGGAGAAGAGGGAACUGAAGCUAGCCAGGCUGAAGCAGCUGAUGCAGCGGUCGAUGAGUGAGUCGGACACAGACUCCAACAACUCUGAGGACCCCAAGGGCACACCUGUGAGAAAGGCUGACAGGCCCAGACCUCAGCCCAUCGUGGAAAGCGUGGAGAGCGUGGACAGUGCCGAAAGCUUACACUUGAUGAUAAAGAAACACACAUUGGCAUCAGGCCGCAGGUUUCCCUUUGGUAUCAAGGCCUCCAAAUCUCUGGACGGCCAUAGCCCAUCUCCCACCUCAGAGAGCAGCGAGCCAGACCUGGAAUCCCAGUGUCCGGGCUCAGGAACUACUCCCCCAAACCAGCCCUCUGCAGAACCCCCUCAGCCCAGCCCCGACAGCACAGCCGCCCAGAAAGUGGCCACGAGUCCUAAGAGUGCCCUCAAGUCCCCAUCCUCCAAGCGCCGGACAUCUCAGAACUUGAAACUCAGAGUUACCUUUGAGGAGCCCGUGGUGCAGAUGGAGCAAAGUGGCCUUGAACAGAACGGCGAAAAGGACAGAGAUAAGGGCAGGCCCCUCCCACGGACCUCCGCGGGGAACGAAUCAGGGGAUCAACUGAAAAGGCCUUUUGGAACCUUCCGAUCCAUCAUGGAGACAUUGAGUGGCAACCAAAACAAUAAUAAUAACUAUCAGGCAUCCAACCAGCUAAAGACGUCCACGCUGCCCUUAACCUCACUUGGACGGAAGACCACAGACAGUAAAGGAAACCCCGGGAGCUCUGCUGGCAAAGGGAAGAAUAAGGCGGCAUAAUGACAUCAAUAGAAAAAUGAAGAAAUCCUGCAGCAUAAGGCACGUGGCUGAGCCAGAGUCGAAAGAACUCUUCCUAUAAAUCAUUUUUUUAUUAUUAUUAUCUCUCGUUGCUGCCCUUUGGACACCAUUGGAAAUUUUGGGACUGUCCUCUGUGGAAAUAGAACCAUGAGAACAAUGCCUCACCAGCAGAAGAACAGACUAUCAGGAUGCCUUAAAUUUAUAGCACUAGAGUAUAAAAGACACACUUUUGGGUGAUAUUUGUGUAUAUAACUUGUUUUUGAAGAGAUGCUGUUUAAAAGCAUGACUGGGCAAAUAUAUGUUUUUUUAAGAUUGGAUUUAUUCAACCUCCCCCCCCCCUCCAGGGCAUUCACCAAGCCACUGACACCACUUUGUAUUUCAUCACUUGCAUGAGUGUUUGCGGAUGUUGGUUGAACUUCCCUUUCCCCAUAACAUGGGCAGUUUUGGCUCAGCUUCUCCUUGAGACCAGGUCAGUGGUAUUGUUUUCUGUUAAGAGGGUUUUUUCUGUCAUUUCUACUUUUGUAUAAAGGAAAUAAAACAAUGUUAACAGCCACCUGUAAGCGUGGGGCAUUUACUUUCUAAUAAACCUGUGAUGUUCUGAUUUCUAA